UCAGAGCCCACUCACCUGGCAACCACCUGACGCGAUGUUUGCAGCCCCAGGUCACCGCCGGAAGGGAGUGGCAUGCUUGGCUGUGGCGGUAUUGGUCCUUCUGUGCUUCAACACGAUGACGUUGGAGUGGAUAGUCAUGCACAAGGACAUGGCGUUCUUCGCCAGCAACCACGGACCCAAGCCCACUACAGCUUCCACGGUCGAGAACGAGUCGAACCCAAUCGUGCAUGUUACUGGCAUCGCGCUCCUUCAGUCUACCUCGUCAACUGAAAUGCCGACAACGACCCCAUCACCUCCCACCACGUCGGCACCAGUUGCACCAACUCCCACGUCCACCACAGUGUUGCCAACCCCCGCCAAGUCCACGCCAUCUCCACCGACAACACUACCAUCGUCGCAACCGACGACGUCGGCAGCACCACCUCGUGCGACCCCUUCGAACCUCCCAUUGACCACUCCUCCACUUGAAACGAUUGGAUUCGAGACAGUUGCCAUCGUCACCUACGUGCCAGACAAGCACGUCAAGUUCAUCAACCAAACCCAGCACAUGUUGUGGUCGUCCUGGAACUACUCCAUCCACCACGUGGACCCAAGGGCCCGAGGUCGGACCGACUUGAUCAUCUUUGCCCAUCGGAACGUGAUGGAGGAGAUGCCGCCGUCGUGCAUUCGCUUGGCUCACCCGGCCCUACCGCCGGUUCCGUCCUCCAACAGGGACCGAUGCUUCGUCGUGGAGCAGACCCCCGCCGCAGACAACUACUGGCAUCGGUAUGGCUUUAUGUUUAGCCUGAUAUACCUGGCCGAGCCAACGUUUCAACCACUGCUUAUGUCGUACGACCGACUACUGCGCACCGACACGGACGUGGUGAUUACGCCGGCGUUCCUGACGUUCCGACCUCGGCGAUUUGUGGUUGGACGAGGGGGGUACAUGUACCACGACUACACCAAAGCCCGCAUCAAGGAGCUGGCGGUGGACAUCAACAUGACCCACCAAGGACUCCACAGCGUCGGGUCGACCUGGUUUGGCAACGCCACGCUCACGCUUCAAAUGGUGCCCAAGAUGCUCGAAGUGGCCAAGUUCAUUUUGGACAGUCCCAAGUACAACGUCGAACAAGGGUUUCCAAGGUGGCAUAUUGGCGUGACCUCCAUGUACGCUGGGGAAUUGGUCGUGAAUCACUUUAUACCCAAGGACAACGUGUGGGUCAACUCGGCCAGCCUCGACGUGUACAGCAACGGCAUUGAAAAGACAAUCAACGUGUAUCAUAGCCACUGCUGGCCAGGGAGUUCCGGGUUCUUCACCAAGUCAGAGUACGAAGAUGGCGAGUACUCUGUGGACAAGUUUCCACGCGAGUCGUUGGACAUUGCAGUCAUCAAAGACUACUUUAUGGCGAUGGUCUUGUAUGGCUAUUAAGUGUAUUCUUACUUAUACACGCAUAUCGACUACUUGUGAAAGACAACUACCUUACUUAGUACCCAAUUUUGUGGGCGGAAGCUCUGUCGUCGCUCGCUACU